AUUGAUAAUAACAGCCCAAAACAAUUUCAUCACCAUUGCAAAUCUAAACAACACACUUCGAUUUUCUUUUUCUCUUUCUCAUUUUCUGCAAAUCUGUCAUCUAUUAUAGAACCAGUAUCGUAACAAUUCUUCAAGAUCUAGAUCCACUCAUCAAUGGCAACACCAGAUCACUUGUUCAACCUCCGCAACAACUUCUACCUCGGUGCAUACCAAGCCGCCAUCAAUAGCAGCGACGUUAACGGCCUUUCACAAGACGACGUCGUCGAGCGCGAUACUCUCGUCCACCGUUGCUACAUCGCACUUGGACAGUUACAGUUCGUUAUCUCUGAGAUCAAUAGCUCCGCUCCUACACCUCUUCAGGCCGUUAAAUUGCUCGCUCUCUAUUUCUCCUCUCCCGAUGCUAAGGAAUCCGCGAUUUCUAGUAUCAAAGAAUGGCUCGCUGAUCCUGCUAUUGGAAACAACGCUACCUUGAGACUUGUUGCUGGGAUCAUCUUUUUGCAUGAACAGGAUUUUAAUGAGGCGCUUAAAUAUACUAAUGCUGGUGGAACUAUGGAACUGCAUGCGUUGAAUGUGCAAAUCUUCAUUAAGAUGCAUAGGUCUGAUUAUGCUGAGAGACAACUUAGGAUUAUGCAGCAGAUUGAUGAGGAUCAUACACUCACUCAACUUGCCAAUGCGUGGCUUGAUUUGUCUGUGGGAGGAUCCAAGAUCCAGGAGGCACAUUUGAUCUUCCAAGAUUUGUCUGAGAGAUAUCAGUCAACUAGUUUGCUCUUGAAUGGCAAGGCUGUUUGCUGCAUGCAAAUGGGUAACUUUGAUGAAGCUGAGACUCUUUUGGUUGAAGCACUCAACAAGGAUGCUAGAGAUCCAGAAACACUGGCUAAUCUAGUUGUAUGUUGUCUUCACCUUGGCAAACCAUCUUCUAAAUCAUUCAGCCAGCUGAAACUUUCACACCCAGACCAUGUACUUGUCAAGAGGGUAUCAGCAGCUGAAGAAAGCUUUGAUAGAGCGCUACAAUCUGUUUCAUGAGCUCAUGAUUCAAUUAUCUUUCAUGAUUUGAAUGGUGUGGUCUUCCCAUGCAGUUUUAACACCUUAUCGUGGGCUAUUGUAUUGAUUGCAUAUCUUAAAACAUAAUCAGUUGGAUAAAUGUGUUAUAGAAUUUAAAAAGUUUCAAAUUUUAUGACUAUAUAAUAUAUUUGUUUUACUUAAGUCUUGAUGUUGCAAAAAUUACAGCUGAUAUUAAUUUUUACUACUAUGCAAGUUCAUUUA